AUGUUUAUCAACCCAAAGACAUCUGUUGCUGAAUCUCUUUGCACUUAUUCUAAGGAAGCUAAACUACAAUACAAAUCUCGCUUGACUUAUUCAUUGAAAUGUAUUAGAUUUCUUUUAAAUCAAGGUUUAGCUUGUCGUGGGCAUAAUGAAAGUGAAGAAUCUUGGAAUAGGGGUAAUUUUCUUGCACUCUUAACAUGGUUUUCAGAAAAUAAUAGUGAGGUAGCAAAGGUUGUUCUAGGUAAUGCCCCGGGAAAUAAUCGAAUGACUAGUCCUUCAAUUCAAAAAGAACUUAUUAAUUGUUGUGCCAAAGAAACCACUAGACUUCUUAUUGAUGAUAUUGGGGAUGACUAUUUUGGAAUAAUGGCUGAUGAAUCAAGUGAUGUAUCUCAAAAGGAACAAAUGGCCCUUUGCUUGCGUUAUGUCAAUAAUAAAGGGAAGAUAAAUGAGAGGUUUCUUGGAAUUGUACAUGUUAAGGAUACUACUGCUUUGUCACUAAAGAGUGCAAUUGAGUCUUUGCUUAUGGAAUAUUCAUUGAGUUUGUCUAGAGUUCGUGGACAAGGUUAUGACGGUGCUAGUAAUAUGAGGGGGGAGAUAAAUGGUCUCAAGACUUUGAUCAUGAAUGAAACAAAACAAGCCUAUUAUAUUCAUUGUUUUGCUCACCAACUUCAAUUAACCCUUGUUGCUGUUGCUAAGGAUAAUGAUGAUUGUAUUUGGUUGUUUGAUCAACUUGCUAUUUUGUUUAAUAUUAUUGGUGUUUCUUGUAAGCGAAGGGAAAUGAAAAGAGAAAUACAAUCUCAACAUAUUCUACAAGCAUUAGAACUAGGAGAAAUUGAAAGUGGGCAAGGUUUAAACCAAGAACAUGGCUUAGGUAGGCCUGGUGAUACUAGGUGGGGAUCACAUUACAAAACUGUUUCAAAUGUUACCGCAUUGUAUGCUACUAUUGUUAAAGUUCUUGAGAAGAUUGGAUCAAAUAAGAUUUAUAAGGAUGAUCGCGUGAAGGCUAUCACUGUCAUGUCUACAUUUGAAUCAUUUGAAUUUGUAUUUAUGAUACAUUUGAUGUCCGAAAUAUUUGGGAUUACUGAUAAAUUGUGUCAAGCUCUGCAAAAGGGGGACCAAGAUAUUGUUAAUGCCAUGACAUAUGUUAAAUUGACUAAGGAGGGAUUACAACAAAUGAGGGACCAUGGGUGGGAAGACUUUUUACAUCUUGUGGUUUGUUUUUGUGUUAAACAUGAUGUAGAAGUUCCUACUAUGGAUGAUAUGUAUGUUCCUCGUGGAAGGUCAAGACGCUUCUUUGCCAAAGUUUCAAAUCUUCAUCGAUUUCGGGUAGAAAUGUUUAUAAGUGUCAUUGAUUUACAACUCCAAGAGCUCAAUAGUAGAUUUGAUGAAGAAAAUAUGGAGUUACUUAUUUGUGUGUCAUGCUUAAACCCGAUCAAUUCAUUUGCGGCAUUUGAUAUGCAAAAGUUGUUGAGACUUGCUGAGUUAUAUCCCAAAGAGUUUCCAACUAAUGAUAUGACGAUGACUGCACUUCGUCAUGAGCUUCAAUUUUAUAUUAAUGAUGUGCGCCAAGAUGCAAGGUUUGGAGACUUGAAGGGUAUUCAUGAGCUUUCUAUGAUGCUUGUUGAAACAAAUAAGCAUACUACUUACAACUUAGUUUACUUGCUUAUAAGACUAGCAUUGAUCCUUCCGGUUGCAACUGCAAGCGUGGAACGAGUGUUUUCCUCAAUGACAUACGUAAAAAAUAAGUUGCGAAAUAGUAUGGAUGAUCAACUAUUGAAUGAUAAUUUAGUCACUUUUCUUGAAAGAGAUUUAUUUUCAAGAGUUAGUGAUGAUGAUGUAUUGGAACGCUUCCAAAGUAUGAAGACUCGAAAAAUGCUUCUGUAG